AUGAGACCCAAAACCACAUGCAACAACCACACCAUUUUAAUCCCAUGUUUCAACCUUGCCAUUCUCCUCAUCCUACAAACACCCCUUAUCAUGUGUGAGGCCAAGACACUAACUUUGCCACUAAAAUCACAAGUGAUCCCAUCUGGGUAUCUCCCGAGGCCACCCAACAAGCUUCGAUUCAACCACAACGUUAGCCUCACUAUCUCCAUCACAGUUGGCACACCCCCACAGAACGUGUCCAUGGUCAUUGACACAGGAAGCGAACUCUCCUGGCUCCACUGCAACAACACCAACACCACCCGGUUCAUUCCCGACCCGAUUUUUAACCCGAAUUCCUCUUCCUCCUACUUACCCAUCUCGUGCUCUUCAUCAACCUGCACCACUCGAACCAGAGAUUUUCCCAUACCUGCUUCAUGUGACUCCAACAACCUCUGCCAUGCGACUCUCUCCUACGCCGAUGCUUCCUCCUCCGAAGGGAACCUCGCUUCGGACACAUUCGGAUUCGGAUCCUCCGUUAACCCGGGAGUUGUAUUCGGCUGCAUGAACUCGCCCUUCACAACUAACCCCGACUCCAACACAACUGGGUUAAUGGGUAUGAACCUCGGGUCACUCUCAUUGGUUUCUCAAAUAAAAAUUCCCAAAUUCUCGUACUGCAUAUCGGGUUCUGAUUUCUCGGGCAUUUUACUUCUCGGGGAGUCCAAUUUCUCGUGGGGCGGGUCGUUAAAUUACACCUCCUUGGUUCAAAUAUCCACUCCUUUACCUUAUUUCGACAGGUCUGCGUACACGGUUCGGUUCAAAGGAAUUAAGGUUUCGGAUAAAUUAUUAAAUAUAUCGGAUAACUUUUUGGUUCCGGACCACACCGGAGCGGGUCAAACAAUGUUUGAUUUGGGUACUCAAUUUACGUUCUUACUAGGCCCGGUUUAUAAUGCAUUAAGAGAUGAGUUUCUGAACCAAACAAUUGGUACAUUGCGGGUGUUGGAUGAUCCGAAUUUUGUUUUUCAGAUAGCCAUGGAUCUUUGCUACAGGGUGCCCAUGAACUGGUCCGAAGUACCCGAAUUACCGAGUGUGAGUUUGGUUUUUGAAGGGGCCGAGAUGCGGAUUUCCGGUGACCAACUUUUAUAUCGGGUACCGGGUUUGGUUCGGGGCAAUGAUUCGAUUUAUUGCUUGACCUUUGGGAAUUCGGACCUUCUUGGUGUUGAGGCAUUUAUAAUUGGUCACCACCAACAACAGAAUAUGUGGAUGGAGUUUGAUCUUGUGGAACAUAGGGUUGGGCUGGCUCAUGCACAAUGUGAUUUGGUUGGGCAAAAGUUACUGGGCUUACGCUGA